AUGGCAUCAUCUGCCUCCAUCUCUGUCAUUGCAGUAGCAUGGGUUACCUGCAUUUCGUUCUAUGGAAUUUAUUUGGAUACUGAGGUAGUUGUGUUUGUGGUAGCAUCUAAAUCAUCACCUCUAGAUCUAGAAAUGAAAGCUCUGCUGGAGAUGGGGUGGUGGUCAAGUGUCGACACCAACAAUACCUCAAGUCCUUGUGAGUGCUAUGGUAUUUCUUGCUCUGCCGGUGGAAGGGUCACAAAGAUUAACUUAGCUAAUAGCUAUUUGGAAGGUAAGUUGAAACUCAAAUUUUCUUCCUUCCCAAAUUUAGACUUUGUUGAUCUUCAUGGAAAUGGACUUCAAGGGAGCAUCCCUAGUGACAUAGGUACUCUAUCAAACCUCACCUUUCUUGACCUAUCCUUCAAUCAACUUACAGGUGAGAUACCUCUUUCCAUCGUAAACCUCACCCAAUUACUGACGUUUGACAUUGCUUCUAACAACAUCCAUGGUUCCAUUCCCUUGGAAAUAGGCAACAUGAAGAGCUUGAAUUACUUGUACCUUAGUUUGAACAAAAUUAGUGGUUCCAUCCCAACAGGAAUAGGAGACUUGAAGAAUCUGAUGUGUUUGCACCUUAAAUCUAACAAUCUCAUUGGUGCAGUUCCUACUACUCUUGCUGGUUGCCCUUAUUUGCAAGAGUUGAUAUUGAGCCACAACUACUUGACUGGACUCUUUUCCCAUCGCUUUGCUGACCUUUAUUGGCUAAAUACUAUUGAUCUCAGUCACAACUUUUUCAGUGGAGAGAUACCAGGUAAACUUGGGGGUUCGGGCAAUUUAUCAAUCUUAUAUCUUAGCUACAAUAAUCUUACAGGCAAUAUCCCCCUUCCUCUCAUUUCUGUACAAGAUGUUGACUUGUCAUACAACCCACUGAAUGGAAAAGUUCUUGACAAUUUUGAUCAAUAUCAUUCGCUGGACACGUUGAUUGGCAACAAUGAUUUAUGUGGUAACUUCACGGGUUUCCCUCCUUGUCAUUCUUCAAUCGGAAGCAAAAUUAAGCUUAUUAUUCCCAUAGUCAUUUUCCUUGGAUUCUUAGCUCUUGGGGGUUUUCUCAUGUAUCAAGGCAUUAUUAAAAAACCUCGAUCUAAGUAG